GAAAUAAUCGCGUCACUUUGAAAAAAAAAAAAUGCUGCUGUCCCGUCUUCGCCCGCUCCCUACUUUACCUUGCGUCUCGUCGACAGAUGACCCGCGCGAUGAUGCUGCCGCGGCCGCCGCGGCCGCCGAAGGUGAGCCCGAAGACAUCUUCGCGGCUUUUCUCGCCCAUCUCUUGCCCGACGAUGCACCACAGUUCCACGGCGACCCGGGCCAAUAUCUCCUCUACUCCUCGCCACGCUAUGGUGAUCUGACCAUCCAAGUUCCGUCAUACCCGGACCAGAAUGCGCGUGAAUCCAGUCGCCCGCAACCGAGUGACUCGGACUCAUCGGCCAACAAUGUAGACUCCGACUCAGACGCAGGUCAAGUAGAAGCGCAGAGAAAGUUAUUCGCGCAUUUCGUGUGGAGUUCCGGUUUGGUGGUUGCGGAGGCCAUCGAGGAUGCUCAUGCUGGUCACGAACAUGUCGACGAGAUGUGGAAGGUGGAAGGAGAGAGGGUCCUGGAAUUAGGCGCUGGCGCUGCACUCCCGUCGAUAGUCUCGAUCCUCGCGGGCGCUUCAGAAGUGACGAUCACAGACCAUCCCUCGUCGCCCGCUCUGAGGGGUGCAAUUGAGUUCAACCUGAAACGCAACAUCCUGGCAGCGAACGGAUGUGCGGUCUCCAUCCAGGCCCAUGAGUGGGGGACUCUGGCGCCGGACUCCUGGGCCGUGGCUAAUCAAGGCCGAUUCACACGCAUCAUCGCAGCUGAUUGCCUCUGGAUGGAAUUGCAGCAUAAGAACCUUGCACAGACGAUGAAGUGGUUUCUUGCCCCCGAAGGGAGAGUUUGGAUCGUUGCGGGACUUCAUACGGGCCGGCCGGUUGUUGUAAGGUUCUUGAAGACAGUGGUGGAGAUGGGCCUGGAGGUCGACACCAUAUACGAGCGGGACCAGACUACGAGUUGUACGGGGGGCGAUGAUGAGAUCAGACGAGAUUGGGUCGAGGUAAGGGAGGAGGAAGGGCCCGAGAACAGAGCGAGGUGGUGCAUCGUUGUUCGGUUGAAGCACGCUAGUUAAUUCAUGUAUAACCAUCAGGAAGAGCAGGAUUAUGAUCCCAGGAUAAGCGAGAUCUCGAAACGGUCGCUUUUUCUGUAAGGCGGCCGGUGAACGAAUGGUGUCAAGGCUGUGGGGAUGCGCGUUCAAUCAAUGACGCACUGUACAUGCAUAGGAUAGAUAUAUGGGGAAUAUAAAC